AUGCAGGACUUACCGCAGUAUACGAUGGACGAGGUCGCUGGUCACAAGUCCAAGGAUGAUUUGUGGAUUGCUAUUCAUGGCAAAGUGUACAACGUCACCGAGUAUGUUCGAGAUCAUCCUGGCGGGGCAGAAGUACUAAUGGAUGUCGCGGGACUGGACGCGACCGAAGCGUAUGAGGACGUGGGCCAUUCCGAGGAUGCAGACGAGAUCCUCGAGACAUAUCUCACUGGAACAUUGAAAGAUGCACGCGAGCGGGUUCGGCCCCAGACCGUCCGAUUGAUCCAGUCCACGAGCCCUGUGCCACCCACAGCCCCGGGGAAGGCCGGUUCCAUCACGCCUGUAGCCCUAACCAUCUUCUCCAUCGGCGGGGCGGCCGUCACCCUGUUUUAUGGCCGUCACUUGCAGGCCAAGCUCCUUGCAAGUUGGUCGGCACUUCCCGAGCUUCGAAGUCUCCUGCCCUCGCUCCAAUCCCCCCAUGCGCUGUCCACCUCUGGGGGCUUCUAUACCGGGUUUGUCGCGGCAGCCGGACUGGCGACCCUCGUGGGCUCGAUGGUCGCAUCCAAGUUAUCACAAAUGACCCAAAUCAAGUCGGGCUUCACCAAGUAUCCGCCCUACAUCAAAUGUCGCAAGCGGAUUCGAGGGAAUCCUCAUCUGGUCAAGGGGUUUCUUGAUCCCAAGGCGUACAAGAGUCUCCCCUUGAUUCGCAAAGAAGAACUGGCCCCCAACGUCUAUAAGUUCGUGCUGCAGCUCCCCAACCCGCAGGAUGUAAUCGGACUGCCGAUCGGUCAGCAUGUUGCUAUUCAGGCGAACGUCGACGGCAAGGCCGUCUCCAGAUCCUAUACUCCUACCUCGAACAACCUGGAUCGAGGAGUCUUGGAGCUGGUGAUCAAGUGUUAUCCCGACGGUUUGCUGACGGGACGGUAUCUCGCCAACCUGGAGAUUGGCCAAGAGAUUCAGCUCCGGGGCCCGAAGGGCGCGAUGAAGUAUACCCAAGGGAUCUGUAAGCGGAUCGGCAUGAUUGCCGGGGGCACCGGAAUCACCCCUAUGUACCAGCUGAUCCGGGCGAUCUGCGAGGACCCGACCGAUCUUACGGAGGUCAGCCUGAUCUAUGCGAAUCGCACGGAAGACGAUAUUCUGCUGCGGCAGGAACUGGACCAGUUCGCGCACAGGUAUCCUCGGAAUCUCCAGAUCUGGUACAUGUUAGAUACGCCAUCGGAGACUUGGGCAUUUGGGAGGGGGUAUGUCACGGCAGAGACCAUGAAGGAGCGAUUGCCUGCUUCGUCUCCUGAUACGAAGGUCAUGUUGUGCGGACCACCGGGGAUGGUGAACGCCUCCAAGAAGGCUUUGGUGUCUCUGGGGUUCGAGGCUCCUGGGGCAGUGGCGAAGAUGUCGGAUCAGAUCUUCUGUUUUUAG